GCGCGCGGGCUCGCGGGGGAGGCGGUCGGCAGCUGCCGCGGCGCCCGUCCCGCUGCUCCGCCCCCUCCCCCGCCUCCGCCGCGGCCCCGCCGAGACCCGGAGGGAGGGAGGGAGCGAGGCCGCCGCAGUCGCACCGCGGGCCCCGCCGCGCGAGCAGCCGCCGCGCAGGUGCCUGGAGGAGGCGCCGCGCCCGCCGCGCGCGCCCGCUCCCCGCGCUCCCCUGGGCGGCCCGGGCCGAGGAGGCCGCCGCGGGCCCGGCCGCAGCAUGAACCGCAGCCACCGGCACGGGCCGGGCAGCGGCUGCCUGGGCACCAUGGAGGUGAAGAGCAAGUUCGGCGCCGAGUUCCGCCGGUUCUCGCUGGAGCGGUCCAAGCCCGGCCGGUUCGAGGAGUUCUACGGGCUGCUGCAGCAUGUGCACAAGAUCCCCAACGUGGACGUGCUGGUGGGCUACACCGACAUCCACGGGGACCUGCUGCCCAUCAACAACGACGACAACUACCACAAGGCCGUGUCCACGGCCAGCCCGCUGCUGCGGAUCUUCAUUCAGAGAAAGGAGGAAGCCGACUACAGUGCCUUCGGGACAGACACGCUGACCAAGAAGAAGAACGUCCUGACCAACGUGCUGCGGCCCGACAACCACAGGAAGAAGCCGCACAUCGUCAUCAGCAUGCCCCAGGACUUCCGGCCCGUGUCGUCCAUCAUCGACGUGGACAUCCUCCCGGAGACGCACCGCAGGGUCCGGCUCUACAAGUACGGCACGGAGAAGCCCCUGGGCUUCUACAUCCGGGACGGCUCCAGCGUGCGGGUGACGCCACACGGCCUGGAGAAGGUCCCCGGCAUCUUCAUCUCCCGGCUGGUGCCGGGGGGCCUGGCCCAGAGCACGGGGCUGCUGGCUGUCAACGACGAGGUCCUGGAGGUCAACGGCAUCGAGGUCUCCGGGAAGAGCCUGGACCAGGUGACGGACAUGAUGAUCGCCAACAGCCGCAACCUCAUCAUCACCGUCCGGCCGGCCAACCAGAGGAACAACGUGGUGCGCCACAGCCGGACUUCGGGGAGCUCGGGCCAGUCCACCGACAACAGCCUCCCGAGCCUCCCGCGGCCGGCGGGGCCGAGCUUCGAGCCGGAAGAGGAGGAGGACGAGGACAGCGAGGACGAGGACAUCGUCAUCGAGGACAACGGGGUGCCCCAGCAGAUCCCCAAGGCCGUGACCGCCGCCGAGAGCCUGGAGUCAUUGACACAGAUCGAGCUCAGUUUCGCGUCCGGGCAGAACGGUUUCCUGCCCUGCGGCGAAGUGAGUUUAACUGCACCCGCGCCCGCUGCAGGCGGCCCAAGCCCCGAGUUUGAGACGCACAGCCCAGGGCAGAAACUCCUGGAGGAGGAUGGCACCAUCAUCACGCUCUGAGGCGUGGGAUGUGGCCCCCGGGCUCACUGCACACGCCGCGGGCACCCAGGGACCGCUGCAUGGCCUCGAGGAGGGGCUGCGAGCCACCGCCCCGCACACGGGGGACUUCGGGAAUCGGGGAUCCCUGGGGGAGGUGCACCCGAGUCUAAAGCUGAGGGAUCUCGGGCUGGUGAAACACUGUUUGGGGACUUGCUCGCACAUGCUCAGAGCCGGCACAUCCCUUGGGGGGCUUACUUGGGAAGGGGGGUAUCCGCUCACCCCACCCCCCACCCCCGCUGUACGGAGCCCUUUGACCCCGUCUCUGAGAGUCCAACGUGGAAAAAAAAGUCUCAUUUGCUGUCGGUACCUGGACAACUGCAGCUUUUUAAGUUCCCAGCCUCUCGAUUUCCCACUUUUCAAUGUUACUAAUUGUGACCAUAAUUUUUUCAAAUGCUUUUUUUUAACCUUUUUUUUUUUUUUUUUUUUUUUUUUGCUAAUUUCUAAGAAAUCAAGCCCAUUGAUUGUCUUGCUUUUAGGGUUUAUUUCCUGGGUGCUGAACCUUGAAACUGCGUUUUUGAGUGAUGAGUUCCAUUUCCCUUCCAUGUUCUUGCCGUUACUUUUGCAGGCUCGUUCCGUGUGAAUAGAACUUACACUUUAUGUUCUAGCUCAGAACCAUGGCAAGAUUAUCCUUCCAGUCUCUGUGUCCUUAUUCCCAAACUCCCUGGACAUCCUACAUCAUUCCUUUUGGAGAAUGAGAGAGAGAGAGAGAGAGAGAGAGUGUUUUGUCUUUAUACUUUAAUGUAUUCGAGUAGUGUGAAUCCUUUUUUUGGGUGAAAGAUGCCCCCAAAUCACAAAGGUCUUGGGUUUGUUUGUUUGUUUGUUUCUUGUUUUUACACACAGGAUAAAUGUGCACUUUUUAUAUAUUUAAAAAGGAAAUGGGGCUUUCCUUCAUGGGAUUUCUGGGAAUCUCGCGUCCCCUCUUCAGCAGACACCAUAAUCCGCGCCCUGUGCAGGUAGCGUGUGUCUCUGCUCAGUUUUCUGGGGCUGCUGCUUUCUCUUCCGGGGCAUCCGUGUUUGUCAGCAAAGCUGCUCGCUCGGCUCCUCCCUUGCCUGCGCUUCGGGGACCGAGGGCUGGAGCGCGCUGGCGCUAGGGACACGUGCGAGGCUCGUGGGUCCCUGUGGGCAUCGCUCAGUUAUUUAUUCACCUCACGGCAGGGCUAGUGUGGGCACCUUUGAAACAGUCGCGUGCCGUUGAGACAAUGAAGAAUCCAAUGACUCCGUUUUGAAGGAUAUUCGCUCUGUGUGCUGGAACUCUGUGAAGAAGGAAAGUCUUGAUUAAAUGAAGCUCACUCGACUCAAAAUACUUGGAUGUAUUUUGUUCAUAUUACCACUAGACAUUACCACUAAACUAUUAACUGCACGACAUUAUGUACUUUUUGUUGAAUUCACUGAAGUUAUUUAUAGGCCACUUUUUUUCCCAAUGGCAUUCCAACUUUACAUUCUGUGAGUGAUAGAAAUCUGACUCUUGGCUGACAAAAAUAACGUUACUGGGUAGAAAAUGGAAUUUUAUUUAUAGGUGGUGCAGGGGUUCAACAUGUUAAGUAAAAAUACUUUCACAUACUACCUCUUUUCUUGCUCUCUCUCUUUUUAAACAAAGUUUUAACAUCAGAACUUUGGGGUGAAAAUACUUCAGGGCUUGACUUUUUGUACAAAUUUUAACUGUAAAAUACAGAUUUUUUUCUUGUGUAUAUUCAUGACAACGGAAAUCAAAGUUGCUAGUGCUUUUUAUUUAUCCUAAGGGUAUAUAUAUAACCAAUGGUGUUUUCAAUUAGAUUCCAUUUAAAUUACUUGGUGAAACAAUUUAUUAGAUGUGUUAUGAAACCAAUAGUCUUGGUUAUACAAUAAAUUUUCGGUUAUUUCCAGAGAACCUGUUACCAAAAAUAACAGUGGAUUCAGCCUAAAAUUUUACAGUACUAAACGUCAAGCCGACUGUGAAUUUUGUUCUGUAUUUUAAGUAAAUUUAUGAUAAUGUUCUCAUGAGCUAUCAACAAAAUAGGUACUUUUGUGAACUAUGAAUUUUCUAAUUAAAUUUUACAUGCAACAAUAUGAUUUUUACAUGAAUGAAACUUUGUUUAAACUAUCAAAUGUCAGUAUUUUAAUACAAUUUUAUUAUAAAAUGUACAUUCUCACAAAAUGAAUUUUGAUUUUUUUAAAAUCAAAUCAGCUUUAGUUGUGUAUUAUUUUUUACAAAUAAAGAUAGACUUGUAUAAAGGCUA